CGCAGCUUGUCGUGCUUCCUGCUUUUGCUGAGGGAGGGGACGGUGCUGACGGCUGGGAGGACGAAAGGGGAGACAAGAAAGCUUUUGGGAAGAUAUAAGAGAGUGGGGAACUGCCCGGGUUUCCACCGUCCGUCGGGGAAAAAAAAAACCCUAAUUUGCUGUAGCUGCUGAAUUAGUCACCGAAUCGGCGCAGAAAAUGUCGACCAGUCGUCAGUUUAGCGAGAGCAGGGCCAUCCCGACCAGGACGGUGUUGAUCAACGACACAACGCAGCUACCUCAUGACUAUUGUACCACCCCUGGAGGCACUUUAUUUUCUACCACUCCUGGAGGAACCCGGAUCAUCUAUGACCGCAAGUUCCUACUUGACAGGCGUAAUUCUCCUAUUGCCCAGACUGCCCCAGCUCACCUGCCUGUCAUCCCUGGAGUAACCAGCCAAAAUGUCCUGAGAGAGAACAAGAAGAAUGAAGCCAACAACCACAUCAACAAACAUGAUGGCAAGCCCAUAACCGAUGAUGCUCAGUUUGAAAUGGACAUCUAACAGAAUGGAACCACACCAGCAAAAGCAAAUGACCUGGCAUCACACAUGCCAGUGGCUUGGCUUGUAGAAACCAAUGUUGUGAGCCCUCAUGGCAGCCAUCUUCUUUAGCUCUCUGUCUUGCUGCUGGAUGUAAUGUGUGUAAACCAUGGGGAUUCAGUGUAUCAUACAUACAGGUACAGUGUGGCCAACUCUGGAAACUGUUUAUUUGUAUAGAUAUUCCAUGGUUACCAGUUGCUGUACAAACAAUGAGGGAGCGGGUCUGAAUAUUAUGUGCUCACAUUGUCCAAUUAGUAGACUGCAGUGCUCAUCCUCCAGUGUUCUGUGAGUCUGGAUCUUUAACAGAGCACACUGUGAAACUGACAAUAUUCCACGUUAAUUGGGGGAGGAAGUGGUCAUUCUUUGGUACUGGCCUUAGAAUCAGUCAAAAGCUUUGAUAUUCAUCGCAGUCUUUGGUUUUGAAGACCCUUGUAAGCAUGCUAUUUUUUAAGUGGUUUUUAUUUCUUUUUGGAACUACUUGAAAAGCUCCACAAUCUAUUAUUGGUUGUUUGGACAGUUUAGAUUUCUGUGAUGGUAUGCAAAGGGACGCUGUGUUGUUGUUUUUUAUUUUGCAAUUAGGUGAAGAUUUCAUGGCAUUCCAAGACUUAUGUUUCCAUUUCCAUCUUUUUUAAAGAUUUUUAGGCCGUGAUUUAAUUGUUUUGUAAACAUUAAAUUAUUGUAUUUCCCACUAUCACGUAAAGCUAAUUAUGAAUCUGACAAUUGAAAACAAGCUUUUCAUUUAGAAUAAAAUUUCAGAACAGUAUAACAAUAUGAAGCCACUCUAUUCAUCACUAUCGUGACCUUGCUAUAUAUGUUAUUUACACAUUUCCUGCUGAGAAAAAAUAAUUUGCUUUUUCUCCAGAGUUUAAGGUGCAGUAGGUAAGACUUAUAAAUUUAACUUUCUGUCAUAUUUGCUGAAACUGAUCCUAUGUUCCAGUAGAACUACAUGAAGCAGGUCAUUUAAAAAAAAUCGGGCACCUCUGGCACCACCUACAGACUGUAGUGCGAUUUGCAAAAAUCAACAGCUCGUCACAAUCUUACCUACAGCACCUUUUAAUGUCGUUUUGGCCUAACUGGUUUGUUUUGUUGGCAAGAGCUUUGGGUUCAUAAUUUCAUUAAUCUAAGAAAGGUGCUUGUUUUUAAAUAACUGGACCAGAUAAACGGGUUAAUAUGGAAAUAGUUAAUAUCCCAAUGGUCAUUUUGGGGUGAAAUACAAGAUGAUUUUUGAAAAACUUCAAAUUAUCCAAAUGUUUUAUAUGCAUUUUAUUUUUUAAUACAGUUCCUUAGUAUUGAGGGUAUUUGAUUGGGUAUCAGCACUGUCAAGCCUUUUGAUUUGUUACAAGUGUCAAGAACCCAGAAGAACAAUUGUUUGCUUCAGGCUUGAUAGAUGCUGUCCCUUAAUCUACAAAUCUGUCUCCAGUGUCCUUAAUCCAUUACUUUAUUCUUUUCAUGCUUCAUGUCUGUCCAUGCCUUACUUUAAAUCAAAUGCAGUAACUACAACUAGGUUCCUAGUCAUCAAUUUGUACUUUCCAACAGAUGUUUAUUUUUUCACUGUAACAUUGAACAGGAAAUGUUGUACUUGGCAAUUGAGCAAAACAAAUACUUUUUGUGUUUUUUUUGUUUUUUUAUAUUAUUUUUCUUGAAGCAGCUGUAAAGCUUGAAAGUGUGAUGUCGCACAUUUCAUUUUGGGAUUCUUAAGUUAAGAUGGCGACGUGGUUAAAAGAAUGCCACAUGCUCAUUUAGUCCCUAUAAUUAGUUUUUUUUACACCCUGCUCAUAGUCCUGUCUGCUAAUUGUACUCUGUCCAAGUAGCAGCUCUUAAUUUAAUCACCAUGAAGUUCCCAUUUUUCAUUAAAAAUUCAUUCACACCACAAGUUUGUUUCUCUGUAUGACUGGAACCACUGAAUGGCUGAAAUGAUGUCUAUCAAAGAUUUUCUUUUUGUUCUUUUUGGCUUUGUCAUUAAUUCCGGCCAUGUUUGGUGACAAAUACAUGGAGGGGUUGCUUAAACCCAAUUUGCAUUGCACAUUUUUGGCGAUAAAACUUUCUAAUACUGCAUCAUAAUUCACAUUGCAUAUUUAUUUCAAACAGUUUGGUUUGACAAUGAGGGCUUAACAUUGUGUGUUGAAAGAGAUUUGAAACAAACUUACUGUAACUUUCUGUUCUGAUUUUAAGUACCUUUUUUUAUUUUAAAUGAAACUACAAUGCCAGUGGACACUGUUGCUGCAAGAUCAAUAAAGUUCUGUAA